AUGAGCCUCUGCUUGAUGUACCAACUAUGCAAAGGCAUGGCCUUUUGCCAUGGCCAUGGAGUGUUGCACAGGGAUCUUAAACCUCACAAUCUCUUGAUGGACCGGAGUACAAUGACGCUCAAAAUAGCAGAUCUUGGAUUAGCCAGAGCCUUCACCCUCCCAAUGAAAAAGUAUACACAUGAGAUACUAACUCUAUGGUAUAGAGCUCCGGAAGUCCUUCUUGGAGCAACCCAUUACUCAACUGCAGUGGAUAUGUGGUCCGUUGGCUGCAUUUUUGCGGAACUAGUGAACAAGCAAGCAAUCUUUGCUGGAGACUCUGAGCUCCAACAGCUCCUCCGUAUCUUCAGGUUGCUGGGAACACCGAACGAGCAAGUGUGGCCUGGAGUGAGCACACUCAAGGACUGGCAUGAAUACCCACAAUGGAAACCGAUGAGCCUCUCAACAGCUGUUCCAAACCUCGAGGAGGCCGGACUUGAUCUCUUAUCAAAAAUGCUCGAGUACGAGCCUGCGAAACGAAUCUCAGCAAAGAAGGCUAUGGAGCAUCCUUACUUCGAUGAUCUACCUGACAAAGCGAACCAAGAUUCAUUGCCGGUGGAACAACAAACUGAAGCAGAAGAACAAAUCGGUAGAGCGGCUCGGAUGAAACCAAACCCAAGUGAUGCGCUCCCUGUACUAUUAAAACACCUGAUAUUGGCAGCAACACGUACCGCGCAACCACCACUCCCACUAUCACUGACUUUUGUAUUCCUGAACUCCUCAGGCCUGUGA